AUGAAAACGAAAAAGGUGGAGGAGUUUACAGCUGGGUAUUAUGGGCUUUGUACGGCGGGAGGAAUGCUCAGUGCUGGGACUACCCAUCUCGCCAUCACUCCCCUCGAUGUCUUGAAGGUUAAUAUGCAGGUGAAUCCUAUCAAAUAUAGUGGCAUCCUAUCAGGGUUUAGUACUCUUUGGAGAGAAGGCGGCCCUUCUGCUCUUUGGAGAGGUUGGUCCGGAAAAUUCUUUGGUUAUGGUGUCCAAGGUGGAUGCAAAUUUGGUCUCUAUGAAUACUUCAAGAAACUUUAUGGAGAUGCAUUGGUAGAUCAGAACAAGGGUGUCAUAUUCUUCCUCAGUAGUUUGGCUGAUGGAUUUCCAAAACUAUAUGCUAAUGAGGGCCUUUCUGGGUUUUACAAGGGUCUCUUUCCACUUUGGGGUCGUAAUCUUCCAUUCUCUAUGAUUAUGUUUUCAACAUUUGAGCAUUCUGUGGAUCUUAUGUAUCGCAACGUAAUACAAAGAAGGAAGGAAGAUUGCUCCAAAUCUGAACAACUUGCUGUGACAUGUCUAGCUGGCUAUGCAGCUGGAGCUGUUGGAACUGUAAUCUCUAAUCCUGCUGACAAUAUUGUUUCAUCUCUUUACAACAAAAAGGCUGACACUGUAAGGCAGGCUGUAAAGAAAAUUGGGCUUGUUAAUUUGUUUACUAGAAGUCUUCCUGUUCGAAUUGCAAUUGUGGGACCUGUUGUUACUCUGCAGUGGUUUUUCUACGACACUAUCAAAGUCUUGAGUGGACUGCCUACUAGUGGAGGGCUUAGAAGGCAUCAAGAAGAUAGAGGCUUAAUUGGCUGUGAAGCAACAGCUCAGUAA